AGUAAAAUCAAAGCCAAAAGAAGGAACAAAAAGAACUCUGGAAAGAAAGGGGAGAAUCUAAGAAACAAGAUGCUUGAUCUCUUUACUAUUUUCACUAAAGGAGGCAUCGUCCUUUGGUACUUUCAAGGGACGGCACUCUCUCUCACUCCAGCCGUCAAUUCACUGGUUAAGACUGUACUGCUUCAAGAAAGAGGAGGUAUGGAUGUAUUCAACCACGAGUCAUUGAAGCUCCAGUUUAAGUUGGACAACGAAUUUGAACUGAUCUUUGUGGUUGUGUACCAGAAGAUACUUCAGCUAGCGUAUCUUGAUAAACUGAUGGAGCAGGUCCAGCUAGCUUUCAGGGACAAGUAUAAGAAUAGACUCACUAAUUCUACUCCACUCAAUCCUUCCAUGUAUUCCGAGUUUGGGGAUGUAUUUAAGAAUAUAUUGUUUUCUCUUGAAGAAGCUGACAGACAGUCGAGACAGAAACCACGUGAAAUGAAGCACUGGAACGGAACGAAAAAGAAAGAGAAUGUGACGAAACCUUUCAAUGGAAAGCCCCAAGAGGAAGAGGAGGAAGAAAUAGGUGAAGAGAUCAAUGGAAUUGAAGAUGUUCAAGAGGAAACUGGAGGAAGAGAAGAAGGAGAGAAUGGAAUUGAUGCAACUUCAUCAUUAUCAUCAUCAUCAGGGUCACUCCCAAAUAGUGACAAGAUUAGGAAAAUAAUUGCAAGCAAGACGAAGAAAUCGUCUAGCACCAAGACUACCUCAAAAAAGACAGUCAAACCAUCUAACGGUAAGCCAAAGACUAAAGAGGCUCGUCAGUGGAUGGUUGGAGGAAGCAAAGGAGACACAAAGGCAUUGGAUUAUUCUGGAGGUGCCCCACCCACCACUAAUGGCGUAAACCACGAUGAAGAGAAAGAUUUGUCAUUGAAAGGUAGUAUGAUAGGACAGCUCCAACCUGUCGAUCAAGACACUCCGAAAGAAAGUGGUGGGGGUGGAGUUUUUUCACUCUUCAAGUCUAUCACUGCUGGACGUGUCAUAACUGCAGAAUCAAUUGGUCCGGUGAUGGAGAAAAUGAAAGAGCAUUUGAUAACAAAGAAUGUUGCCAUAGAGAUAGCGGAUAAGCUGUGUAGCUCAGUCACUGGGAAACUGGAUGGAAAGACAAUUGGAACGUUUAGUGGUAUACAAUCUGUUGUUAAAUCAAGUGUUGAAGAGGCUCUUGUCCAGAUAUUGUCCCCUAAAGUACGUAUUGAUGUCCUUCAAGAUGCUUUGAAGGCUAAAGAAGCUGGUAGGCCUUUUGUUGUAACCUUUUGUGGAGUAAAUGGGGUUGGAAAGUCAACCAACCUUGCCAAGAUUUGUUUCUGGCUCCUUGAGAAUGGUCUGCGUGUCCUGAUUGCUGCCUGUGAUACUUUCCGUUCAGGAGCAGUUGAGCAGCUGAAGACUCACACUUGUCGUCUAUCCUCCCUCCAUCCACCAGAGAGGGAGGGAGGGCCCCCUCGUGUCCUCCUCUUUGAGCGAGGGUACGGUAAAGACGCUGCCAGUAUUUGCAUGGAAGCAGUGAACUUUGCUAGACAGCAGAGGUAUGAUGUAGUACUUGUGGAUACUGCUGGCAGAAUGCAGGACAAUGAACCACUAAUGGUUUCACUGGCUAAGCUCAUUCGUGUUAAUUCUCCUGAUCUCGUGUUGUUUGUUGGCGAGGCGUUAGUUGGGAAUGAAGCCGUCGAUCAGUUGGUCAAGUUCAAUCGAGCUCUCAUUGAUUUUGCUGAUUCCAGUGAUCAGAAUCCUCGCUCUAUUGACGGAAUCGUGCUAACGAAAUUUGAUACAAUUGAUGACAAGGUGGGUGCUGCCAUUAGUAUGACCUACACUACUGGACAGCCCAUAGUGUUCGUGGGUACUGGACAAACUUAUCAAGACCUUCGUACUCUUAAUGUGCAGGCUGUUGUUGCAGCCCUUUUGAAAUAGACUUUGUAAAGCUAAUUAUUUCAGAGACUAUUAUUAUUAUUAUUAAUUUAUUAUUAUUACAAAUUUUAUAAAAGAAAAUACAACAUUUGAACAU